CCCAGCUUCCGGCGUAAACGGAAGGCGGCAGAACAGAGCAGUCCUAACUUGUGAAAGCACAUCGACGCAGAAAGCCGCGAGCAGGACGCUACUAAGUCAGUCUUAUUAUUUGUUCUCCAGUUUGAAAUAUUUACGUCUUAUAAAAUAUAUAUUUGAUUCUUUAUUUAAGAACAUAGUCGUCUCGCACUGUGCCGCUUCUCGUGCUAUCUUUGCUUGUUAGUUAGCUUAGCUCGCUAGUUAGCUUAGCUUGUUAGCUGCUAACAGAAGACACAGAAGUUAUCAACACAUCGCUAAGUAGAGAUCAAGUGUGAGAGUAAAGUGUUGUGAUUGUGUGAAAAUGUCUACAUUACAAACGUUGAGAGCGUUGGUGGAUCAGCGACUAACUGCUGCCGUUGAAGAAAUAUUUGUAGUGUUAGAAAGAACGAUAGCAGAAUACGAGGCGGAACUUUCGAGAACAAAGGAGGAAAACAAUCAACUACUGGACGUUCUUUUCAAGAAACAUCAAGUUGUGUUAAACAGAACAGACCUCAAAGAAGAACCUCUACCUCAUGAACAGAAGGUGGAACCACAAUGUCCCUACGGACAUGAGGAAGAAGAGGUUCCACAUUUCCAACACAUUAAAGAGGGAGGGCAGGAGCCGCAGCCCCCCCACAUUAAAAAGGAAGCAGCAGAACACAGCAUCAGUCAAGAAGGAGAGCACAUUGAAGGACUGGAGGAGUUCCCAGUGACUGGUGUCCCUGUGAAGAGUGAAGAUGAUGAUGAGGUCAAAGGUGAAAGUGAGGAGAAGAGAGAGGCGGAGCCUCCAAGCAGCAGCUCAACACAACACAUGACAACAGAAGCUGAUGGAGACCACUGUGGAGGAUCACAAGUUGACAAGCUUUUAGCUCCACUAUCAGAUAGUGAGGACACAACGUCACACUCUCCUGACACUGAUGAUGAAGACUCUAAAGAUGAUAAGACAUGUCACACUGACAACACUCACUUCACAUGUUCUCACUGUGACAAAACCUUUAAAUACCGUCGUAAUCGGAAAAGACACAUGAGAACACACACUGGAGAAAACCCUUUUACCUGUUCACUUUGUGGUAAAGGUUUUGCGCAAAGUCACAAUUUGAAAGUGCACAUGAGAACGCACACUGGUGAAAAACCUUUCAUCUGUUCAAUCUGUGGUAAAGGUUUUACAGAAAGUCAGAAUUUGAAAAUACACAAGAGAACACACACUGGUGAAAAAUCACAUUCCUGUUCAAUCUGUAGUAAAUAUUUUGUACAAAGUCAACAUUUGAAAGUACACAUGAGAACACACACUGGUGAAAAACCUUUUUCCUGUUCAAUGUGUGAUAAAGGUUUCACACAAAGUCACCAUUUGAAAGAACACAUGAGCACACACACUGGUGAAAAAACGUUUUCCUGUUCAACCUGUGGUAAAGGUUUUACACAAAAUCAGUGUUUGAAAAGACACAUGAGAACACACACUGGUGAAAAAACAUAUUCCUGUUCAAUCUGCAAUAGAAGCUUUUGUGACCCAUCAAACCUUAUAAGACACAUGAGAAGACACACAGGAGGGAAAGUGUUGAGUUGCAGUGUGUGUGGUGAAAGAUUCUCUUCUAAGUACCAGUGUAAGAAACACAAGUGUGCUGGUGAGAACAGCAGCAGCAAAUGAAACUGCAGGAUUUGAAAUAAGCUGUCAAGACUUUCAUUUUGACUUUCUCACAACAUCAGCACAUAUAACAUGUGUGACAUUGUUGUUUGUGUAACAAUCUUUUUAAUAUGCUUCUACAUUUAUAUAAUAGAUAUUUUAUAUUGGUGCUUUUUUUAGUCAAGUACAUGCAUUAAUAUGCAACAUUCUGUACCUUUAUCAAAAUUGGAACAGAACAAUUUGAAAAGGUGAGAGUAAACAGUACAAUAUAUAUUUUACAUACAGUAAACAUUUUAUGUGUAUAUAUAUUCAUCAGACAAUUUUAGACUUAUUCUAUUCUGUUUUUAUAGGUGUUUGAAAUACUGAAGUGUUACAUAUUUUUUAUUUCUAAUUGUUAAUGAUCCCAUAGAUUAGCACCUUUAGCUGAUAUACAUAUUUACUGGUUCACAUCUGAAACAUCUUCUGAACCACUUCAGGAAGCAUAUUAUUAUUUACUUUAUACAUCAUUUGAACAGUUGUCUUUUAUACAAUUUAAAAAUGUGUGACUUUAUGAAUCAUUUGUUGGCUCUAUAUAAUCCAUUUUAUUAAUGAUCUUUACUACUCCCUUUUGUAAUAUGAUGAUUGUGUUGUGAUUGUUUUAUAUGUAUGUCCCCAGAUCUUUAUGCAAUGUAAAAGUGAGAGAAAAUGGCUGAACUGUUUGUGGAAGGAUGGUUUUGUUUUACAAACUUACAUUUGUGGAUAAUAAAAAAUCUCAUUACUGUUUUCUAAA